AUGGAAAUAUAUCCCGAUCAUAUUUACGGUGGUGUGCCUGUUUUCAAACCAACCUGGGAUCAAUUCAAAGAUUUCAGAACUUUUGUUACUUCAGUGAAAUCCUAUGGAUAUAAUUCUGGUAUUGUAAAGAUAAUACCACCAGCAGAAUGGAAAGCAAUACUUCCCAAAGAUCUUUCUCCUCAAUUGAAUAAAAUCUUGAUAAGAAAUCCUUGUCAACAAAUUAUCCAACGAGAUACAACCGUCGGUUAUUAUGUCGUUCGAAAUGUUGAAAGUGAACAAACUUUUACAAUCAAGGAAUGGGCCGAAUUAUGCGAAACUCCAGAGCAUUCCACACCGUUCCCAAAAUCCAAAACUAAUUCAAAAUCUUCAGUAUCUGAUUAUUUACCAUUAAGAAAAAAGAAAAAACAUAACGGAAAGUCAACCAAAAAAAAUUCCACCAUUGUUAAACGUAACCAAGGUUCCACCAACCAGCAAAUUACACCAAAAAUAUCACAAUUAAAGAAAAAUAACUUAACCGUUACAUCAACUCCUCCCGAAACACCACCAAAAGCUCGUAAUCCAGGAACAAAUAAAGAAACCAAUAAAACAUGCGUCAUUUCAUCACAAGAUACUACAUCUGAUGAAAGUGAAAUCGAAGAGGAAGAAGUCAUUCUUACAUCCGAUCAGAUGGAAUCUGCAGUUGAUGCCAUGCAAUUGGAUGACGAAGAAUAUGAAGAAAUCUAUGAAAAAUUUGAUUACCAUUCCGUGAACCGACGCCCUUAUGACGACGAAAAUUAUAUUAAAGAAUUAGCCGCCAAUUAUUGGAAAACCAUAAUGUAUAACUAUCCUUAUUAUGGAGCAGACAUGGCAGGAACCUUAUUUACCGAAAAAACGACCUCAUGGAAUGUCAACAGUUUAGAUAACUUGUUAAAUACGAUUGACCCAAUUCCUGGAGUUAAUGACGCAUAUUUAUAUUUUGGCAUGUGGAAAGCUUGCUUUCCCUGGCAUGUCGAGGAUAAAGAUCUUUAUUCAAUAAAUUAUAUCCACUUCGGUGCUCCAAAACAUUGGUAUGCGAUUUCACCCAAAAAAGCAGACCAAUUCGAAUCACAUAUGAGAGGUUGGUUCGGAAGUGAUUCCAAGAAUUGUUCCGAAUUUCUGCGCCACAAAGAAUUUUUGGCAUCCCCCAGAGUCCUCGACCGUGCACCAAUUCAAUAUAAUUAUGUUAUCCAACGAGAAGGCGAAUUCAUUAUCACAUUUCCUCGAGGAUAUCAUGCCGGUUUUAAUUUGGGAUUUAAUUGUGCCGAAAGUGUUAAUUUCGCAUUUGAAGAUUGGAUUCCACUUGGAAUUGGUGCAAAAACUUGCGCUUGUCGGCCUGAUUCGAUGAGUUCUGGAACAUCAUCUGAGAAAACAAAGAUUAAAUUACAAUCAAGUUCUAUUGGACCUUCAUCAAGUUCCACUAAAAUUGUAUUAAAUGCUAAAAAAAGAAAACUCAAGAUCAAUUCGAAAAAAAUUGAGACAUAUGAAGGAGGUGAAUUUGAAUUAAUUUCUAAAGAUGAUGGCACAAAAUAUGCUCAUGGUCUUUGUGCCAUGUUUGUUCCUGAAACUUGGAUUGCCAGUUCAGAUGGAUCAGUAAAUGAUUGUAAAAUUAUAGAAACUGAACCAAUACCUAAAUAUAGAUUUGAAACUGAAUGCCAAAUAUGUCAUACCAAAAAGGGAGCAUGUGUGAAAUGUCAAGAAGAAGAGUUUUCACGUUUCAUGUGGCGAUUUGGAUGGCAAUCAAUUAAAAGGAAUUGA